AUGUGUGGUGGUGCUAUCAUUUCAGAUUUCAUUGGUGUCAAGCGUGAUCGUGACCUCUGGUUUGAGCUCGAUCCUUCUGUUGAUCUACUUGGUCUCGGUGCUGCUAAUUACACCCCCACUUCCAAAGAUUUACCUCCCCUUCACUUUCCGCAUAUUUUCUCACCCAAAAGAGUGGUUGCAUGUGACACUGCGGAGAAGAAACAAAGCGUGGUGACCGUUGAGAAAGAUAAGAAAAGCACCGGAGGGAAAAGAACUCGUAAGAAUGUUUACAGAGGAAUCAGGCAGAGGCCAUGGGGGAAAUGGGCUGCUGAAAUAAGGGACCCACAGCAAGGUGUCCGUGUCUGGCUCGGUACUUUCUCGACGGCCGAAGAGGCCGCCAGAGCUUAUGAUGCUGCUGCAAGGAGAAUCCGCGGAGACAAGGCUAAGCUGAAUUUCCCAGAUGCUCCUGUUGGUUAUGGUGCUAAAGCUGUCACCGCUCCUCCAAUGAAGAAGCGGUGUGUUAGCUAUAGUUUUGAUCAACUCAGUUCUCAGCAGGCUAGCUCUGAGUCUGCUGGGUCUGGGUCUGAGAUUGAUCAGGAGAUGGAAAUCAAAAAGAAAAUGUCUGAUCUUGAAUGGAUCCUAGGUUUGGAGAAUGACUUUCCUCAGUCUCAGGUUCAGGUCCAAGCUCAGGCUCAAGUUGUGCCUCAAUCUCAGCCUCAGCCUGCACCUGCCCCUGCGCCGUUCACUAUGCCUGCUGAUUGGGACAACAACUUCUUGGACGCAUGGACCUUUGAUGAAAUGAUUGACCCCAUCCAUAACCUGAUUUUUAACUAG